AUGAGCUCCCGGGCACUCAGCUGGCUGCGCACUUCGCUGGCGAAGCAUCCUGCCGCACGUCCCAACGACUUUUCCCCCACGCGCCUGCGGUCUCGACAUGGUGGGCGACAAGUUGCUGGUUUCUCGGCCUCCAGCUCAUGCAAUAAGGAAAUUGGGCGUCGGGCAAAGGAAAAGCAGCUGGACCGAGAAUUUUUCUUAAGCCUGCUAAGCUCGGCGUCGACAAAGCGAGAGGCAAAGCAAUAUCUAUCUCGCUUUAAAAAUGCGACGAAGUCAGCCUCGGCCACCGAAGGAAGCCCGAAGGGCUCAUCGUCUCUACCAUCACCCACUGGGGUAAACCUCGGUUCAUUUUACGGUGCAUCCAGAGCAGUGUCUGAAAGCCCUGUAUUCCGACAAGAUACGACACCCGCCCCAAAGUUUGAGGAAUCCCCCGAGCAGCUUCACUUGGCUCUGGUCAACCGUAUUUCGACUGCAAUUGAUAAACAGCCGGAUUCAAAGUCGUUCGUUCUGGACUCGGCUCUGACGAUCCCCACAAAAUAUCCAAACCUUCUCGAGAUCGAGUCUCGUAAAACCAUCCUAGCCCUUCUCCGUGAUUCACACGUGCUGGUGGUACCGCCGAUAGCAUAUACCGAGGAAAGUCCAAAGGCUGUUCUGGUAUCUGCAGAUGACGCGGUUCUCGCUCUCACCAAAGAAUUUGCUGGGUUGUCAAUCCGCCCGGAUCCGGACGAAGAUGCAGAAGUCACCGCUCAGCGGAUUUUUGCUUUGCAAGAGGAGGUUUCUUUGGAUCGACAAGAAUUCAACGAUAUUCGAGAGGAGCUUCUCCGGCAAAAAGAUGCAUUCAUUGGAGAGAAAAACACGGGCAACGAGGAUCUCGAAACAGCUCGCUCGCUCCUGGAUAACAGUGUUUUCUCUAGAAUUGAUGGCCAUGUUCAAAAUCUGGAGUUGGCUCAAAAGACACUUGCAUUGCUCCCCUCGACCGCCUCUGGCGUGAUCACCUCGCCAUAUGAAGUUGCCAACUCCUCUCGGCAACCUCAUGCUGCGUCGGAGCUGUCGGCAGUAGGGACCCGGCGCCAGCGCAACCCUCUUAUCCACAAUCUCCUCACCGACAAGCCCCUCUUGUCAUCAUCUUUACCCCCUGCACGGCGCGUGAAUGCCAUUUCCAAACUCAACCAAAUAGAGACACAUACCCCGCAUACUACAUUCAUCAAACGCGGCAUGCCUCUCACCCUUCUCCCAGACCCAUUCGUGCAGGCUUGGAGUGCUCGUAAUCAGCCACGCUUAAAACUGGACCAUCCGUCAAUUGACCUCCCUCGGCUUGUUCAUCUUAUCGAGGACUCCUUUGACCGGAAACUUGAUGUUCAAAACUACCUUGACCGAGUAAAUGACCGUAUCGCUGGUCUUAUCGUGGCUGGGGAAUAUGAAGGCGGAGCCAUUCUUACUUGGGAGACACCACCUGGAGUGGCCGACGAUGGCAGCGAAGAAAGUGCUGCUCGGAUGGUGCCAUACUUGGACAAAUUUGCUGUUCUCAAGCGGAGUCAAGGCGCGGGCGGCGUUGCCGAUAUUGUCUUUAACGCGAUGGUACGCACCUGCUUUCCCAAUGGAGUCUGCUGGCGCAGCCGCAAGGAUAACCCGGUCAACAAAUGGUACUUCGAGCGGUCUGCUGGCACAUGGAAACUGUCUGACAGUAACUGGACUAUGUUCUGGACUACACCGAAUCUCCCGGAAGAUUCACGUCGGUUCCAGGACUACGAGGCCGUGUGUCGGAGUAUUCAGCCUAGCUGGGCGGAUAACAAAAGUGUCGUUGAUUGA